UGUUGGUGUUGAAAUAUCCGAUAGUAUAUACCUAACCAUGGCGCUAUUGAGUCGCACGAAUAAUUUAACAAAUUAUAUAUUUAAGUGGAAAUUAGAUAAAUUAAUAGGACAAAACGUAGCAGUAAUUUCAUGCUCUUACUCCACAAAAGGAUCAAAAGUUUAUGAAGAUGCUUCAGAAGCUGUUAAAGAUAUACCAAAUGGAGCUAAAUUACUAGUUGGUGGUUUUGGUUUAUGUGGAAUUCCCGAAAAUUUAAUCGCUGCUGUAUUAAAACAUGGUGUUUCUGGAUUAACUGUUGUUUCCAACAAUGCGGGUGUUGAUACAUUUGGUCUGGGAUUACUGUUAAAAGAAAAAAGGAUCAAACGCAUGAUUGCUUCAUACGUGGGUGAAAAUGCUGAGUUUGAAAGACAAUAUUUAAGUGGUGAACUUGAAGUAGAAUUGACUCCUCAAGGAACAUUAGCAGAAAGAAUCCGAGCAGGAGGAGCUGGUAUUCCUGCUUUUUUUACACCAACCGCUUAUGGAACCCUUGUUCAUGAAGGAGGCGCUCCCAUUAAAUAUGGAAAGAAAGGAGAGGUAGAAAUUAGUAGUCAGCCUAGGCUGUCACAAGUGUUUAAUGGCAAUAAUUAUAUAAUGGAAGAAGCUAUAACUGGUGACUUUGCCCUAGUAAAAGCUUACAAAGCAGAUACCAUUGGAAAUUUAAUCUUCAAUAAAAGCGCUAGGAACUUCAAUCCUGCUGUAUGUCGAGCGGCAAAAGUAACAAUUGCUGAGGUAGAGGAGAUAGUCCCAGUAGGAACAUUAAAGCCAGAUGAAAUCCAUGUACCUGGAAUAUAUGUUCAACGAAUUAUAAAAGGUCCACAUUAUGAAAAAAGAAUUGAGCGCACUACUAUCAAAAAACCCAAAGAUACUAGUGCACCACUUAAGCCAGCAGCUGUUUUAAGAGAAAAAAUUGUAAGACGAGCAGCUUUGGAAUUUAAAGAUGGAAUGUAUGCCAAUUUGGGAAUAGGUAUGCCUAUGCUGGCCUCAAACUAUAUUCCAAAAGGAAUGAAUGUGUUCUUGCAAUCCGAAAAUGGUAUUUUGGGAUUAGGGCCUUUCCCUGAAGCUGCUGAUGUUGAUGCAGAUCUCAUUAAUGCUGGUAAAGAAACGGUCACUGUUUUACCCGGGGCUUCAUUCUUUGGUUCAGAUGAUAGUUUUGCCAUGAUAAGAGGAGGUCAUGUUAAUUUAACAAUUUUGGGAGCUAUGGAGGUUUCAAGAUUUGGUGAUUUGGCUAAUUGGAUGAUACCUGGUAAAUUAGUAAAAGGUAUGGGUGGAGCUAUGGACUUGGUAGCUGCCCCUGGAACUAAAGUUGUAGUUACAAUGGAGCACAAUGCCAAGAAUGGAUCUCAUAAAAUUUUAGAAAAUUGUACAUUACCAUUAACAGGCAAAAAUUGUGUAGAUAUGAUCAUAACAGAAAAAGGAGUAUUUGAGGUUGAUGCAGAAAAAGGUCUAACAUUGAUUGAAAUCGCUGAAGGAGUUAAAGUUGAAGAUAUUGUUGUCGCAACAGGUUGCGAAUUUGAGGUAUCUCCAGAUCUUAAACCAAUGGGUCAAGUUGAAGAUGUUUUAUAAGUGAUUUUUUAUUUAAAUAUAGUGUUGAAAAAAAUAUUAAAUUAUAGUAUAUAUUCUAAUGUAUAAAUAUAUAAGAAUGAAGUUCAAUAUUUUCGUACUAAACUUACUUCUUUAAAAUUGUGCAAUCAUAUAAUUGUAAGAUAUCUAUAUUUUUUGAUAAUUUUAAAUAAAAUCAUUAUAAAACUG